CAGCAAUCACGAGCCCACCUCUAGAAUACCAUAGUCAUUGCUUGUUAGUCAGCACGAAUGUCACGACGGAGUCGUGUGAAAAUCUACAUAUACGCUGGAAUUCCGAGGAUUGGAGGAGAAUAGUGAUCAAGAGGACAAUAACGACUGGUUCACCGACGACGAGAAGACACGUCUGCUGCCCGGGAAAAGGGGAAAAUCAGCAAACACUGGCUUGCGGCCGAAAAUUCGGCAGUUGACUUCUAAUUUGCUCAACGUGGAGGAGGUUCGCAACGUCGCACGGAGCCUACGUCAACCAAGUUACCAGAAGCUGUUUCAGCAGGACAAGAGCAACCAGGACAUCAGGACAACCCGCAAGAACCCAAAGACCAUGACAACGCCCUCCACUUCCGUGGGCGAUGCAGCCGCCGCCUUGUCCGGCAAUCUUCAGUUGCCGCCUCUCCGAACCCUCGAUGACUUCAUCCUGGGAUCGGCCCGAUUCCAACUGCCCAAUCUCAAGGAUUUCGAGAAGUGGGGCAAUCGGGUGGUGAAGAACCUGCUGUACUACCAAACCAACUACUUUCUGCUCUUCCUUACCAUCUACGUUUUGAUGAUUUUCUUCAAUCCUUCAAAGAUUGUCACUGGUCUGCUGGUGCAGGCUAUAAUCAUAGCCGUAAUCUGGCAGUUCUUCAGUGGAAAGUCGAAGAAUAAAUUCAUCGCCAGUCGUCUGACUGGGGGAAAUGCAGCGGAGCAGAAUGCCCAACAGAAGUGGUACAUACUGGCUGGAGCUCUGCUCGGGGGGUAUCUCCUCCUGCAUCUGCUGAGCGCGGUGCUCUUGACAAUUUUCACCGUGUUACUGCCCAUUUCGCUGACCUUCAUCCACGCCUCCUUGCGACUGCGGAACAUCAAGAACAAGCUGACCAACAGCAUCGAGAGCUUUGCUCCCUCCACACCCAUGGGCUCCUUGUUGGAUGCCCUAAAUGUCCGGGCCGAAGGAGUCUUUAAUUAGAUGGUGUUACCUGCGGACCCGUUUGACUCAAUUGGAAUGAUCGUUUUUAUCGCUAGUUAUCCUUGUCAAUGUUAAUCCUUGCAAAGCAAAUCCCGGUACUAUAAUCGAUUUUGAUUUUUGUAUUAAACUAUGAUUUUAUGCAGCCAUCAUGUAACGCAAUUAUUAUAAAAGUCAAUAAAGUUUUCCCAGGAAAUU